AUGCGCCAAAAAACCACUCAAAAAUAUAAAAAAAGAUGUAAACGAAGAAUUGUUGUUAAUAGAUUAAAAAAAGAAGGCGUAUUAGGACUAGAUCAAAUACAAAAUAAUAUUAAAAAUAAUAUCAAACCAGAAAAUUUAGAUGAAGUGCCUAGUAAUGGAAAAUUUUACUGUAUGGAAUGUGAUAGAUUUUUUAUUUCGGAAAAUUCGUUAGCUUCACAUCUUAAGACAAAAGUACAUAAAAAAAGGAUAAAAGAACUUAAAGAUGUCAUUCACACACAAAGACAUGCAGAAAUGGCUGCUGGUUUAUUUAAUUAA